AUGAAUAAUUUGUUUUUAUUGAAAACUAUUCAUUUAACACAUUCAACUUAUCGUUUGAAUUCAACAUCAAUAAAACCAUCGAUUAUUUCUCGGAUUCGAUAUGUUCUCAAUCAUUAUUGGCUUGGAUCGAAAUUACUUUAUCGAAAUUCACGAAGGAUUCAACAAAUUCGAAAAAAAAAUGAAGAUAAUGUAACACGAAAUGAAAGAUUGUUUUUGGAUCAAUAUCAUUAUGAUAUUCGUGUUGGAAUUCCAUUUGUCGCCUUAUUUUCAAUUCCAAUUGUUGGUUAUAGUGCACCACUUUUAGCUAUUCUUGGACCAAAAUAUCUUCCAUCAACAUUAAUUAUGCCAACACAGAAGGUAAAAUUUCUUCGAGAAGAUGCAAAUGUUUCUUCAACAAUUAUUGAUUCUUUUGUCAAAUUUAAUCAAAAUCGAUUUCAUCCAGAGAUAACUUAUGGAAUGAUUCCAAGUAUUCAAUUGAUCAAUGAAAUUUUAAUCAGUGAAAAUCGAUUUGAAAGAAUUUCUUCAUCAAUUCCUGAAUAUUCUUCAUUAUUUCAUCGAUGUUAUCCAUUGUCAUUAUUUCCACGUGAACAUUUAUUAAAACUUCAUCAAUCUGUAUUACAUUCGUCAUUUCUUACUCAUUAUUUUUCAUCGAAUUAUAAAUUAGAAAGUCAAUUAGAAAUGUGGCAAUAUCGAACAUUAAUUGAUGAUAAACAAUUGAAACCAAAUCUCGAGAAAUGUUCUCCAUAUGAUUUAGUUGUAUCACUUUGUCGUCGUGGUCUUUAUCUUCAUGUUGAAGAAAUGGGAAAAGUUCUGGAAAAUGAACAAAUAAAUCAACUCAAUCAAACGAAAACUCGGCAGGAAAUCAAUGAAAAGAUUUUAAAUGAUUGGAAAGAACUUUUACAUCAAUGGAUUGAAAUUCAUUUGAAAUUGAAUAAAUUUAAUCCAAUUUCCACGUCUUUUCUUCUUCAUAUUUCACCUUUACUUGUCAAACAAUAA